UUGACAAAUGACAGUAUAUUACAGGAAAGUUUUAGGUUAUAUUUAUAAAACAAAGUGUUAUAAUACUUCUAGAUACUACUAUUAUAGUUAAAUAUUUGAUACCUAAUAUUGCUUGGCAUUGAAAUACAACAUGUUAAGGAAAAUUUUCUUCAGAGCAUUAAGUCAUCGCCCUAGUAGUUCAUUACUGUGUGCUAAUAAUGUUAAUGUCAAUAGACAAAUACACUGCGGAGUUUGUUUAAGGAAUCCUAGGUAUACAUCCAAGACAAACAGUACUUCACCAGCGUUAGCCACCAAGUAUCAAGUAAUUACAGAUGUAAACCCACAGAUUAUUGAGAAUACUGCAGAAGAAACCCCUGCUGAAGACAAAUAUCCUUUACUUAGUGAUGAAUUUGAUGGUAUCAACUUAGAAAGAGGCCAAAAUGGAGUAUUUGAAAUAGAAGAUCUUGUAGAAUUACUUCAAAGAGAGAAUUCCAAGGAUAUAUUUGUAGCCACAGUACCAGAGAGUAUAAGAUAUGUUGAUUACAUCUGUGUGGUUAGUGGUCGGAACAAGAGACACAUAUUAGCACUUGCAGAAUUUGUCCGAAGAGUGUACAAGAAGAAGUGUUACAAAUCUGAUUCAAUACCUAGAAUAGAAGGAAAGGAAUCAGAUGAAUGGAUGGCUUUGGACUUAGGUAAUAUAGCAUUACACAUAUUCUCAGACAAAGCCAGAAAAGUAUAUGAUUUAGAAACACUAUGGUCUGUGGGUCCAGAAUAUGAUGACCAGAUGAAUAAAAAGAGUGAUGUUGUCGACAUGUUUGAGAACUACAGUGACUACUUGAAAGACCUUAAACCACUGUCAUAAAGUUAAUAAAUAAGUGUAUAGCAUGCA